ACCCUGACUGAACUCAAACCAAAGAACCUUAAUUAAUUCUGAUCAGCAGCGAUGUAAAUGUUAUCUUACUCUAACUCUAACUGGAUUAAUACAUCCUUCUUGGACCAAUUAAAAAAAACCAAAAUAAUUAUUUUGGUGUCAUUGUACAACAGUAAGUUCGGUUCAACGUAACCCCUAAAAUGGAAAAUGAACUAGAAGGCCUGUGUAAUGAUGAAGAAAGGCUUGCUGCAGUUGAGCACGAGUUGAAACAAAUAUGUUCAGAGAUACAAAAACUAUCAGAGAGAAAGAGUGAAUUAAUCGCUUUUCAAGAAGAACUGAAAGAUCGUAUGAAUUUAGAGAAAAGCAAAUCAUUAGCAGACCAAAACUGGGAUCGAACCGAUUACCCCUGGCAUGACAAACUAUUAAAAGCUCUUCGAGAUGUGUUCAAGAUCAAAGAGUUUCGUGCUCAUCAGUUGGCUACAAUGAAUGCAACAAUGUCAAGACAAGAUGCCAUCCUAAUCAUGCCAACUGGUGGUGGGAAAAGUCUCACUUACCAGCUAACUGCAGUCGUCGAUAAAGGGUUCACUCUGGUCGUAUCUCCUCUCCUAUCUCUAAUGGAGGACCAGGUGCUUGCUCUCCGACGUCUCAACAUUGAUGCUGGAAUGUUUCACUCACAGUCUGACAAGACGGAAACCAACCGGCUGAUGCAGGCAAUGACAGACUCCAAAUCGGCCCUGAAGUUGAUAUAUGCUACACCAGAAAAGCUAGCCAAGAGCAAACGCUUCAUGAGCAAGCUUCAGAAGGCUUACGAAGCGGGUAGAUUGGCGAGAAUAGCCAUUGACGAGGUACAUUGCUGCUCUCAGUGGGGACAUGACUUUAGGCCAGACUACAAGUUCCUGGGAGUGUUAAAGUCGAUGUUCCCAGAUGUUCCUAUUCUGGGGCUGACAGCCACUGCUACAUCCAAGGUUACGCUGGAUGUCCAGAAGAUGUUGGGCAUCCAGGGAUGUAUUGUGUUCAAAGCCUCCUUCAAUCGGCCCAACUUGUACUACGAGGUGCGGCCAAAACCGAGUUCGAUGAAUGAAUGUGUAGACGAGUUGGCGGACUUACUGAAACACAGGUUUACCAACCAAUCAGGUAUUAUCUACACAACAUCCAUCAAGGACUGUGAAGAACUAAGGGAGCAGCUAAGAAAGCGAGAUCUGCGUGUGAGCGGGUACCACGCCAACCUGGACGCAGCUCUGCGCAGUAAAGUUCACCAGAAGUGGCUGACGGGGGAGUACCAAGCAGUGGUCGCUACAAUUGCCUUCGGACUAGGCAUUGAUAAACCUGAUGUUAGAUUUGUUAUACACCAUGCACUCAGCAAGUCCAUGGAAAACUUCUAUCAGGAGAGUGGACGAGCUGGUCGGGAUGGCAAGCCUGCCGAGUGUAUCUUGUUCUACAGGUUGGCAGACGUGUUUAGGCUCAGCACAAUGGUCUUUACACAACAGACUGGGCUGCAAUGUCUCUACGGAAUGGUGGAAUACUGUUUGGACUUUUACAGAUGCAGACGACAAAUGAUUGCUUCCCAUUUUGACGAGGUGUGGGAUCGUGCGGAUUGUAACCAAAUGUGCGACCAUUGUCGUGCCCCGCGUGAGCCAAAAAAAGUGGACGUUACCAAACACUGUCGCACCAUCUACAAGCUUCUAGCACAAGCAGCAGCGUCCGACACUAAAAUGACUGCUCAGAAGAUCCUAGAUGCCUGGUAUGGUAAAGGUCCGCCUGCACUCAAGUUGUCAGGCGUCUCGGCUCCUACAUUCUCACGAGACACGGCCGAGAACAUUCUCGCCCAUCUUCUCAUUAACGGUUAUCUUAAGGAGGAUUUCCACUUCACUCCCUACUCUACCAUCAGUUAUAUCAGGAGAGGCCAGUUGUCCCAUAAAGUGGAUGAACCUUCUUACGUAAUCUCCAUGACAAUCAAAGGUAAAAGUGUGGAUGAGAAAUCCUGCGAGGGUAACAAAUCUGAAAAUAAAUCUUCCUGUCCAAAACCUGCCAACAAUGCAAAGAGAAAAAGAUCCGAGACUGAAAAAGAAGGAAAAUCUCAUAAAGUUUACGUCAUUGAAUCGGACUCUGAAUGACUUAAAACUGUGAUAUUUUUUUAA